AUGCUACCAGGGGUGAAAGAAGGCGAUCGUGUUCUUUUAAUUUGGUCAGGAAUUGCUCCGCCUGAAAAGUUAGAAGAGAGAGUGCAUCAAUUAAACUCUGUGGUUGGCCCUAUGGGAAAAGUUGCCGUCGAACACGAAGAAAGACUCAAGUUAUGUAAGUUCAUGAUUGUGAAUGUUGUGAAGUUAAGGUGGCUCCGUAAUUAACCCAAGAGCAUUUAGCUGUGACAAAUUUUCCGUCAUAACUUUUUCGAUUUUAACGCGAUGGCUGCGAAACUUCGCACUUAACAACAGAUAUCAUUCGGCAAUAAUACGAAAUAUUCCGAUUUCAUUGAUGGUAAAUAUUUCUUGAGAAAUUAGCGCUUAAAAGGACCCUACUGUUCAAAGAAAAUCGCGUCUAGUAAAAAAUUUUGCUGAUAUUUUUUACUGAAAUUUCUGGUAUCGGCUUUAAAGGAUAUAAUAAAUAUGCCAGAGGAAUUUCAGAAAAAUCGUUGGAGCAGAAGUCCCUAACUAAAAGUCGGUCAAAAUUCAGCUGUGAAAUUGUUUUGGAAUUUCAAAAAUAAAUUACUAUCAGAAAGAAGGAGACACCAGUUUCAAUUUUCGGGACAAGCAACUUCAGUGUGUUUCCUAAUUCUGAAAACAGAAGCCGAUUGCCUAUCGUGCUAUUCUUUAAAAAGGUACUUUUCAGUUUUAGAAGCACUAUAAAUUGCUCGAAACUUUGCUCUGACAUCGAAUGACUUGUUCCUCGACAUUUUUUAAAAUAUCCCUUGGCAAUUUUGGUUCAAACUCCUGCUACAUACAUUUUGAUGUAUUGCAAAGCCUCCCCAACGACUUUUUAGGUGCUUUACGUUGUUUCCAAUUCAGGAAAAGGUAUUGGGAUUGUAAGCUACCUAGUAUCGAAGCUCAGAUAGAACUGUCCAGUACCUUUGUUUAUGACCAGAAAAUGAGCACGAAGCGGUAGCUCUGCGAGGUCGCACCUCAGCCAGGGGGACGGUGACAAUGAUGCCCAUGUCUGUGAACCGAUCUGUAUAAACAUGUAUUGCAGAGCAAAACAUAAUAAUCAAGAAAAAAAAUACCCAUUCAUUGAAGGAAGGGUGACAAAAAUUCGGAGUUGUAAAUUUAUUAACGGGCAGUAUUUUUUGCGAUAAUUUUAUUUUGCACUGUGAUGUUAUUUGGAUCACAAGCAUGGUCAUCAUUGUCGUCGUCCCCCCUGUGUGAGGUGCGAAUUCCACGCAGAACUGCCGCCGUGCUCAUUUUGUAGUCAUAAACAAAGGUGCUGGACAGUUCUUUCUGAGCUCUGAUACGAGGUAGCGUCCAAUCUCAACACUUUUUUCCUGAGUUGGAAGCAACGAACGGCAGUAAAAGUCGUUGAAAAUGCAUGGCAAUACAUCAAAAUGUAUGCAGUAGGAGUUUGAGCCAAAACUGCCAAGGGAUAUUUUAAAACUGUCGACGAACAAGUCAUUCUACUUCAGAGCAAGGUUUGGAGCAAUUUAUAGUUCUUCUAAAACUAAAAAGUACCUUUCAAAGAAUAGCACGAUAGGCGAUCGGCUUUUGUUUUAAGAAUUAGCAAGCGUUGAAUUUACUUGUCCCGAAAAUUCAAACUGGUGGCUCCUUCUACCUGAUAGUAAUUUAUUUUUGAAAUUCCAAAACAAUUUCACAGCUGAAUUUUGACCGACUUUUAGUUAGGGACUUCUGCUCCAACGAUUUUUCUGAAAUUCCUCUGGCAUAUUUAUUAUAUCCUUUAAAGCCGAUACCAGAAAUUUCAGUAAAAAAUAUCAGCAAAAUUUUUUACUAGACGCGAUUUUCUUUGAACAGUAGGGUCCUUUUAAGCACUAAUUUCUCAAGAAAUAUUUACCAUCAGUGAAAUCGGAAUAUUUUGUGUUAUUGCCGAUUGAUAUCUGUUGUUCUUUGCCAAGUUUCGCAGCCAUCGCGUUAAAAACCAAAAAGUUAUGACGGAAAAUUUGUCACAGUUAAAUGCUCUUGUAUUAAUUACGGAGCCACCUUAAAUUACGUACUCCACUGUCAGUGUUCCCGAUCCUUGAAAUUCGAAGAUGUCUUGGGCAAAUGACUUUUUCGAGAAUUCAAUUUUACUGUCUGAAAAUCUUAGGGUGUUUUUACGUGUAAGUUCAAAUUUGAAAAAGAAAGAAUUUAUACGGUAGAAAUAUUCAACAGUGGGAUUCCAAGUGAAGUGACGUACUUUACUUUUACUUUUAUCGCUCAAUGUUGCCUGUUUGAUAGUACUUAAAAGAAAUAAUAUUGAGCAGGAAGUCGCAGAAGCCUUUCUGGGCUUAUCAAGGAGACUUCCCGUUAACUUACAACAACAGAAUGAUCGAAGGAUUUUUCGGGGUUUUAACUUUUCCAUUCCGGGAGUUUUUGUGGUACGAUCAUUUGGCAAGUAUUAUUUUUUGUGUCUGGCUUUCACAAAAAUAUUUUUGGGGUAUUCAAAACUAUCUGAAAAUUCGUUGAAGUGCCCGCACCAUGCGUUCCAUAAUAUUCCAUAAAGCCAGUUUUCUCACUUUAGGUGUGAUUGGUUCGAUUUAUCCCCCGGGUAACUUUUCAUAACCAGUCAGUACUUACCAUAUUUGAAAGAUAUAGGCUACAAAGGCUACUUGUGUGCAUAUAUACUAUUGAUUAGAUGGUAUAUUUCCCAAUAUUGUUCAUUGAAAAUAUUUUACCGUUUCUGACUGGCUCCAAUCCCUCUGCUGAUUCAUUAUACCGGUAACUAACCACAUUUAGGUGUAUAGAAUGGUAAAUUCAAGAGUUUGCAGUUUCAAAAUCCGAGAUUGAUAUACUUAAGCAAUUUUAUCAAGAACAAUAGAAAGACAUGACAGGCUCUGGCUAGGAAAAAAAUUCUCAUCAGGAAGCCUUUAAUUAAUCUUGUACAAUAGUUGUCACUGACCUUUUACCACCUGUCAGGAAAUGUAACAUGGUACAGAGCAGUGUCUGAUUUCAUUUUGGUAAAAAUACUGUGAGUAGAGAUAAAUGGAUGAGUUCAUCGCAGUCCUACUGAUAAUUCAGUCAUUCGCAAAGCCUAAAACUGUGAUGUUUCAUGUAUGAUAUGAAUGCGGAACCUAAAACUUUCUGCAAAUCUGAGUCAUUAUCCCUCCUUUUAUGCACUUAAUGACAAAAAUAGAAAUUGAAUGCUAAAACAUGUUUCGUUCUGGAAAUUCUAAAUGAUCUAAUAAAACCUUCGCACAUUAUGGAUUUGGUGAGUUUAUCUGUAAGGGUAAGCCUAGUAAAAUCUUCACUGGUAAGUCCCAAUUCAUUGCUAGCAUUUUAAUUAUAUUUGUUAGGUAUACGCAGUACAUGUUCUCCUUAUCAGGUGGUAAUCAGUAAAAUUUACCACCUGAAUUGACACUUCUUACUGCCUGCAACGGCCUGAAGGUUUACUAAAAUCAAAGACUUACUUUUAAAAAUACACACAAGUUGUCACCUGAUCCAAUUCUCACGUGCAACAAGGAAAUGAAUGAAUAUAUGGAAAAGUUCUUAAGUGUACACAGCUUUUCUUUUUAUUGGCCAUGCAUUUUGGAACGAGAACAUUGAGGACACGGUAAAAUUAUUGGAAUCAAUCGUUUUAAGGUAACCAUAUAUGGCUGAUUUAUAUAAAAUAGGUCUUAAUAUGAGGGAGUGAUGUUUCAGAGAACAUACAAUCAGGUACAGAAGUAGUUGACACACUUGUUUAAAAAGGGUACUUUUAUCAAAGAUUUAAUUCAGUUAUUAUGUCAUUCCUUUUAAAUGCCAUAAAUCCCCUCACCCUCCCCCCCCCCUGAAUCAAUGUUGUCUGAAGUAAAAGAAAGACUUGAUUUUGGGAGGAAAGGGGUUGGGGUAGACAGGGGAAGGGGAUAGGUAUGUCCACUACGCAAAAAGGGGCCAUUUUACAGAAGUGUCUCAACACUUUUGUCCCUCAUUGUAGCUGCUAAAUGACUACCAGUCUCUCAUCCUGACCAUUGGUUGCAGAGUGGUAGGAAGCACCAGUUAUGUGCUUAAUACAAGCUACGGUACAUCCUUACAGCUAAUAGUUCGAAUGGAAGAUCCCAGUUGACAGUUUAUAGUGUGGUGUAAUUGUAGUUAUCUAUAGUCAUCAGUUGUGCAGAAAAGUUCCUAAACCUAGCAGUCUAUUUCCGAUGUAACUUUUACACACAAAGUUCCAGACUCCCAAUUCAAGUGAAUUCAUUUUCUAGAAUCAGAACAAAAAAUUAAUGUGGAAUGAAAUGCCUGUAUCUGUAAGAAAACUUUCAAAAAAUGCCUUUGAAAAGAAAAUAAAACAAACACUUUUUGACAUCCUAGCUUCAGAAGACUGUUAUAUUGAUCUCCCAGAAAUCGUUCAAAAAGUUAAGUUGAAUUUAUUUUCCUCUUAGUUGAUAUGUAAUCAUUAAAAAAAUUAUUAUGGUUUAGUGUAUCAGUAGUCUCUUGUCAUAACUGUUGUCAUCUAUUAUUAGUAAUACCAUUAGUUUAUCAGUUUUGUGGUCAAUACCCCAAACACUCUGACCCUGCUAUGCUUGCUAAUGAUUUUGGGAGAUUCUUUACACAAAAGAUCGAUGACAUUCGCUCAAAGCUGGAUAGAAUUGACCCCUCAUCAAAUCAGCCUGACUACCCGACCAGGAGUAGCGUCCAAGAGCACUCAUAUGCUGGCACACCCUUCACUAACUUCGAGCCUAUAACGUCUGAAGGUAUCAAAAAACUGGUGCUGAAUGCCCCAAACAAGACUUGCAACAAUGACCCUAUACCUACCAAGAUUGUUAAAGACUGUAUUAAUGAACUCUUACCGACCAUUUCCAGCAUGGUUAAUCUCUUGCUCAGUAGUGGUCAUAUUCCUGACAAUUGGAAAGAGGGUUUAGUGAGACCAAAGUUAAAGAAAGUCAACUUGGAUUUGAUAAAGAUAAACUACCGGCCCGUCAUUCCUUUCAAAGAUCACUGAAAAGGCAGCUGCACUACAAAUCUCUGAUCACGUGUCAUUCAAUCAGAUGUUUCCAGAAUUUCAAUCAGCCUACGGCAAAUAUCACAGCACGGAGACUGCCUUACUGCGCAUGCGCAACGACAUACUCGUCAGCAUGAACAAACAACAAGUCACAUUACUAGUGUUCCUAGAUCUAAGCGCUGCCUUUGAUACAGUACACCAUGAUAUGUUACUGCGGCGCCUGGAAUACAAAUUUGGAAUUAAAGAUCAAGCAGUAACGUGGUUUAAAUCCUAUCUGUGGAAUAGAUCCCAGCGCAUUGUAAUCGGAGUGCAAAGUCAGACAGUUUUGAUCUGAAGUUUGGCGUGCCACAGGGCUCUUGUCUCGGCCCAAUGUUGUUCUCCCUUUACACUAGUGAGCUUUUUGAUGUCAUUAGCCAGCACUCGCCAACGGCGCACAGUUAUGCUGAUGAUACCGGUAUCUAUUUGGCAUUCAAUCCAAACGACAAUUCCGAUCAAGACGCAAUUGCAUUGCAGCAAUGGAAGCGUGCCUCUGUGACAUCCGUAGCUGGAUGAUCAAUGACAAACUCAUGAUCAAUGAUUCCAAGACUGAGUUUAUGCUCAUUGGGACGAAGGCGCAGCUACAGAAAACUAAAAGCGCCACUCUAACCAUUGGCGAAUCCAUCAUCUCUCCUAGCACAGAACCCCUUAGAAAGUUAGGGGCCUGGUUUGACUGCCAUUUCAACCUGAAUUUUAACAUAACCAAAACUUGUAGGAGUCUUUUUUUUCAUCUACACAAUAUUAGACGCGUCAGAAAAUAUCUAAGCAUAGAAUCUGCCGAGAAAUUAGUGCACGCUUUCAUCACAAGCAGAUUGGACUAUUGUAACUCACUUUUAUACAGACUACCCCACUGCGCCCUCACUAAACUGCAGCGUGUUCAAAACGCAGCUGCAAGAGUUCUAUUGUCUAGCACCACAGUUUUGCGAUAUCACACCAAUAUUAUACGAAUUACAUUAUUACUGCCUGUGACGUUUAGAAUAGAAUUUAAGGUUAUUAUAAUCACUCACAGAGCAAUCUAUGGAACAGCUCCUAAUUAUUUAUCAUCUCUUGUUAAUUUUAAACCUAAUUCUUCCUACAGCCUCGAGUCAAAUAACAAAUAUCUGCUUUCAAAUCCUAACUUUAGGACUCUCCCUACUCUUGGUGACCGAGCCUUUGUAGCCGCUGCACCAAAACUAUGGAAUAAUCUUCCGUUAGAUCUUAGAUGCACCUCCGAUUUUCAAGUUUUUAAACGUAAUUUGAAGUAAAUAAAUGUUAUUAUUUGUUAUUAUCAAUUUUAGUUUCUUUAGUUCUCUUGUUACUUUUAGCUAUAUUUAGUUGUACUUAUUUCCUGUAAACAUGACCCACCUAGAUUAGCUUAGCUACCAGCGGGCAUGUAAUUGUACUUUUACCUCAAAACACAAUAAAUAAAAUGUAUGUAAAAAUGUAUGAUGUGAAAUCCAAAUAAUGUCAUUUAGGUCAUGGAGAUAAAAAUACACAACUUUAUUUAAGUCCCAUUAGAGUUGAAGGUAGCUAGAUUCUGUAAACAAUAGGAGUCCUGAAAACUAAAUUAUUUACAUAAAUAUUAUCAAUAUAUUAUGGUAUGUGUAGUAAGGGUUUGUUUAUUUUAUAAUUUUGUCUCACUGAAAUAGUCACUUAGUUACUGAUUGUGACGUUUCAACCAUCGUCCAUGUACUGAAAGUCUUCAUCAGGUGAUAGUGUCAAUUUAAUGAGUUAAAAUACUUGUACUACCAUGGUUUUUAGUGAGUGGUGUAUCACAAUCCUCACUCAUGGAUAUUGAUCUGGGGCUUUAAUUCAAUCGACGAUAAAUGGAGCUGCUUCGCAGAUAACAUUAGCCUGCGAAAACAUCCGUUUCUCCUCGCUCUUCGCCGCUAAGGACGUUUCACGAGGAGGAACGUCUGCGACUCAGCGACAGAAAUUCCAUGCUGAUGACGUAAAAUCUGUCCAGAAUCCGGUCAGAAGGGCUGAUUGGUCGACGGAGUAGUUACAUUGUUUUAGCUAUUGUUUACGAAUGACAGACAAAAGACAAAAGGCCACAGAGGUCAAAUGUAAACACGAAGAAUCUCUAGCAAAACAGUCAAUAUUUGUAGAAUAUACUCUUCUCUAGAAGAAGUAUUUGAGUUUUGCUGGAGCUCGUUGGCAGAUGAACACAAAAAGUUACCAAAAUCGACCAGAAGACAAGUAAAAUUGUACAAAUUUGUAUUUGGAACCCCAUGACUACCUGAUAUAUUAUGUAAACAUUGAUUUGCGUCAUCAGUAUGCAAUUUUUGCCACUGAGUCGCAGACGUUCCUCCUCGCGAAAUGUCCCAAGCGACGAAGAGCGAGGAGAAACGGAUGUUUUCACAGGCUAAGAUAACAUCCACCGUACAGUGGAUUCUUGCAUCCCCUCAAAGUGGACUAGCUCAAGAUAUAAUCUACCGUGGUUCAAUCAUUCCUUGAAACAUCUAGCCACGCAUAAGCAAAGACUUUAUAAUAAAGCAAAAACGUCUGGAAAACAUAAUGAUUGGAAGGCAUUCCGUGUAGCUAGAAAACUAAUGCAUAAAAGGCUUAAAGAAGCAAGGAAUGCAUAUAUUUCUGAUUAUUUAGUAGCCUGCAUAGCAAGGGUUUCCUCGCGAGUUCGUCAAGAAAGUUGGGACGAGAGCAAAAAAAAAAGGAAUGACGGGGGAGGGGGAGGGGAAUGAUUUUGCUCCCGCUCUAACUUUCACGCAGUAACUCGAUUGGAAACGCUUGCUACGCAGGCUAAUUAUUUAGGAGUUAGCUAUUGAAGAAAACCCUAAGCGAUUCUGGUCAUAUAUCAAACAACUGAAUAAAGAAGAGCUGGGGAUUGCAGAUUUUGAAAUGAAUGGCUCCAUAAUCAGCGAUAAUAAAUCAAAGGCUGACCUGUUAAACGAUCAAUUCUUAAGUGCCUUUACUCAAGAAGACUUAUCAAACAUCCCUGAUAUUGGAAACGACAGAAUACCAGCCAUUGACUGUCUGUCUAUCACCAUGUAAUGGAGUUGCAAAGCAGUUAUCGCUAUUGAAGACAAAUAAAGCUUCUGGACCUGAUGCCAUUCCACUGUGGUUUCUAAACGAACAUUCAGCUGAGAUUGCUCCUAUCCUAACUAAUAUCUUCCAAGAUUCUAUUGAAAGUGGUACCGUACCCAGUAGAUGGAAAUCGGCAAUGUAUGUGGUGUCUUUAAAAAAAGGGAAAAAGUCUGAUCCUUCAAACUACAGACCCGUUUCUCUAACCUGCAUAGCAUUGAAAAUUCUUGAACACAUUGUACAUAGCCAUGUGAUGAAGCAUUUUGAACUUUAUAACAUACUAACAGAUUGUCAGCAUGGCUUCAGAUCAAAAAGAUCUACAGAACUUCAAUUAAUACUUACUAUUCAUGACAUUGCAAGUUCUCUACAACAAAACAAAUCUAUUCAUGCUGCUGUGUUGGAUUUUUCUAAAGCUUUGAUGAAGUCCCACAUCGACGCUUACUAAUGAAGCUGAAGCGUUACGGUAUCCAUGGAAACCUCUUGUCCUGGAUGGAAUCCUUUCUCACUAAGAGGGUCCAAACUGUCAUCUGUGAGGGUACAACAUCUACCUCUUCCCCAGUGACCUCUGGUGUACCACAAGGGUCAGUACUAGGCCUGCUGUUGUUCCUAACAUACAUUAAUGACCUGCCAAACGGUCUAACCUCUACAGUUAAGCUGUUUGCCGAUGACACUCUCUUGUACGGAGUGGUGGUUGAAGACUCAGAUUGUGACAAUCUCCAGGACGAUCUCAAAAUGAGUGGCAGAUGCAAUUUAAUCCUUCUAAAUGCAACAUCAUCUGCAUUUCAAAUGAGCAAAGACCUCCUCAAUGGUCAUAUUUUUUCUGAGGGUCCAAACUCAAACAAGUAGACUCUGCAUCGUACCUAGGAAUUACUCAUGUUAACAGUAAAUUAAAGUGGUCUGAACACAUCUCAUCUAUCUCAAGCAAGGCGAAUCGAUCCUUGAGGUUGAUCAAGAGAAAUCUCUGGAACUGCCCCAGGAAAAUAAGUGAAACGGCCUAUACCAGCAUUGUCUGACCCAAACUGGAGUACGCAAGUGCCUCGUGGGACCCACACUACAAAAAAGUUAUUUCAACCUUGGAGAGAGUUCAAAGAAAAGCUGCUUGUUUUUGCCUUCAAAACUUCAACAAAAAACAGCAAGUGUGACAGAGAUGUUAUCUGAUCUGAAAUGGGACACAUUAGAAACAAGGCGAAAGAAAAACAGAUUGACUUUAAUGUACAAACCUAGUCAUAAUCUCGUAGACAUAAACACAGAAGAACACUUAAUACCAAACAGUGAAUUAAGAACACGCAACAGCCAUGCUUUUAAGUAUAGAAUGCCAAAAGUUUCUAAGGACGUCUUUAAGUUUAGAUAGAUAGAUAGAUAGAUAGCUUUAUUAAAAAUCCAUUGCAGCCCAAGGGCUGGAUUAUCGACUGUACAAUACGUUGAAUACUAAGACUAACUAUUAUAAAUCAAUAACAGUAAAUAAAUAAAACAAAGGAACAAAGAUACUACGUCAUGAAAUUUAAGAAAAUAGCCGCGAAUUUACAAUAAAACCAUUAGAAAAUAGCCGCGUUAUGCAUGAUAAAACUAUUCAUUAGUCUAUUUGUUCUACAAAGAGGUACGUUAAAAGCGCGCUUUCUCCUUAAGGCUACAGUACUAAGAUUACGUGGCGGCAAAAGGCCAUGUAAUUUGUGGAGGCUGUUGUCCUUAAUCUCAUUGAAUAGGCGCUCUGUCAGCCAUUGGCGCCGUUGAUGGAGGGUGGAAAUAUUGCACUCUUUGAGAGCCUCUUGAUAGCCUAAAUCUGGGAAAAUAAAAGUGCACGGCGCUGAAUUUUCUCUAGCUCUUCAGAGAGAUACUCAGGCAGACCAUUGUGGAAAACUUGGCAGGCAUAUUCAGACAUGGGCGGAUACACGUAGUAUAGAAACAAAGUAGCUGCUUGAGGAUCUCCUUUUGCACGCUUAAGCUGCCUUAAUAGAUAUAGCCUAGAGGCUCCUUUUUGAUAACAUUCUCUAUGUGAGCGUUCCACUUUAGAUUGUUUGAAAUUGUGAGACCAAGAAGUUUUGCGCUAGUUACAACCUCAAUUGGUUUGUUGUUAAUAGUAACUGCUUCGAAAGGAUCUACAGACCUUGAGAGACUUAUCUGCAACUCUUUACACUUGGUCUCAUUCAAUUGGAACUUAUCUAUUUCGGCUUGCCUAACUAGGUCGUCUACAGCAAAUUGGAUUCCACUUGGUUGGCCCUUGUGGACUGUCUCGGCCAUCGAUGUGUCAUCGACGUACUUCCAAAGGUUGAUGCCAUUGACAUAAUAUUGAUGUCAUUUAUCAUUACCAGGAAGAGCCAGGGCCCCAAUUUGGUUCCCUGCGGGACACCUGCCCUGACAGAUCCCCAAUCCGAGUAGCAAUCGUGGGCGAGUUUCACUCGUUGCUUCCUGUCAGUAAGAAAAUCUGCAAUCCAGUCCAGCACCCAAGGUGGUAGCUCAUAGUCAGUAAGUUUAGCCAUAAGAAUGGCGUGGUCGAUGAGAUCGAAUGCUUUCCUAAAGUCAAAGAGCACCACGCGCACUGUAGAACCGUUGCCGUCAGUAUUCUUAUACCAGUUGUGGAGCAUGCUGAUUAGGGCAUGCACUGUGCUGGAGUUCGGAACAGUUCCGUAUUCCUUUUUUCCUAGAUCAAUAACAGAGUGGAACUCACUGCCCACUGACUUAAUUAGUAGUUCUUGGCAUGUUCAUAUAUAGGUGGCUGAGGUUUUACUUUGUGAAAGCUGUAUACCCCUGUCAUGCUCCUCAAUCUGUUCAUGUUUGCAUCUUCCGGUUUCUCCAAUGUAUACCUUCUUGCACUCAAAAGGUAUCUUAUACACUACUCUAUCUUGUUUUUGUGAAUGAACAGCAUCCUUAGGUCACAUUAAGUGUGAUCUUAGUGUUGUGUCAGAUUUGAAAACAGAUUGUAAGCCAUGCUGCAGCCCUUUAAUGAAUGGCAGAGAAAUGUUUUAAAUUUGAUUUCAGUUGAGGUUCUUUACUUUAUCUGAUGCCUGGUUCUUCUAAGAUUUUGUGAUGUACUUAGCAUAUAGCUUGAAAUAAAUGGGGGCUCCCAUUAGAGACAAGGACAAAGGAUAAAUGGAUUGUUUCCUUUGAGAUAACCCAUGGAUUAAUAAUAAUAUUUUUGAUUGAUCUUAUAAACACUGGUCAACACCACAUUUAACUGAUCGAGGCGAGGGUAGUGUGAGUCAUAGAUAGGUACGAUCAACUUGUAUUAGCUUUCCUGUAAACACUAAUGUGUGAUCAGGCAUUGUUCUGAAUUUUUUUUUACUAUUGUGUCAGUAAUAUAGGGAAUUGUGUUAAUGUCUGAUUCAGGUCAGUAAGAUUGAGAAAAAUCAUUGUUGUUUGUUCAUUUUUUGUUGCGUACAAGAAAAUUGGGCAGUGCUGAACAAUGAAUGACUCUUGUCAUAACACAAACAGUCAAAGAAAAAUGCCUAAGGUAAACUGGUAGUUAACAGCAUAGGAUUAAAAACACAAGAAAACCAUUGUACGUCAGUUAGAAUAUAAUGUUCCUAAUUUCUUUCUUCUUUGUUUUUUCAAUCAGCAUCUCACCCUCAAGCAUCCUUUGAUACUGUCUUAUCUGGCACAGUUUGGCCCUCUGCUCUCAUUCAUGGUCUUGAUCUUUUGGAAGAAGUUGGGAGAAUCUUAAAACCAAAUGGCAAGCUAUUUCUUUUGGAACCCACAGGUAAAAUGUAUCCUGUAAUGUUAUGCCAAUAUAUGUUAAUGCCAUUAAACCAGUUUUCUUUGUUAAGAAGACAGUAAGAACCUUCAAGUUAAGAAAGGCCCAUUGUUUGUUGAGAGGUUGUCAUUACAAAGCUGUCUUGUACAUGUAUAUCUGCCUAUUGAUAUUCCAGUCCUUGCGGUUGUGUGAAGAGUGUCUAUCAUGUGAAUUAGCCUAGUUUAUUAUUCAUUUAAAAUAUUUCCCCGAUUCUGAUUGGCUAAAAGCGCACACAUAAUUCACCACGACCAGUUACUGAUGAUCAAAUUUGGAAGAAUUUUGCGUUUAAUGAACCGAUGACGUAAAAUGUGCAGCCUUUUGGUAGGUUAAUGCUCCGUUAACCGAGAAGACCUGUGGACGAGGAAGAAUUGUUUUGGUUAUGAAAACAAAAAUGGCAGACAUUUCACUUGUUUCAAAAGUAAGAACUAGGUGAAAUAAUAGCUAAAAACAUGGCAAGAACAGCAAGAAGACAAAUUGAAGGGUGACAUCUGUUAUUUGGAGAAUAUUUGCGGAGCUAAACAACCCUAUACUUGCACUAUCGAAGAUGAACUUAACAUCGAUGGAUCGAUGAAGGUAAGCACGUUUUAGCCAUGUUCUUAAACUAGGAAUUAUUUUGAAUGAAUAAUAAAACAGUUAUAAUUGAAUUCGGCUUUCGUAUCCUAUGAAGAAUAAUUAUGGAGAUCUCAGAGGGUGUUAUCUGCCUCGGUCUGCAGCCUUGACAGAUAACACCCUCCUCAAUCUCCAUAAUUCUUCAUAAGAUACUCAGCCUCAUUCAUUAAUUAAUUGUUGAUUAAUGGCCUUAGCUGGCAUGAGUCUCUUGUAGCACAGUGGUAGAGUAGGUGGACUAGUGACCAGAAGGUCAUAGGUUUGACUCCUACUGGGAGAACUCAGAUUCUUUUUCCCGAGUCAGUGUGCAAAGAAAGUGGUGUCCAAUAACCCGGGGCUAGCGGAUUUUGCUAUCGGGCUAAUGAAUUCUGUUUUUAACUUGCCCGACAGGCUAGUUAACAGAAGAACAUAAGAACUGUGAAAUCAAUUCUGCUAGUCAAAAAGUUUUUGGGGCUAGUUGAAAUGACGUAUGGGCUAGUGAAUGCUAGCUUCAGGUUGCCCGAAUGGCAAGCUGUGAAAAUGAUUUUCUUUGCACCCUGCGAGUUGCCUGUGCUACUGACUUUCAGAACACAUUCUCAUAUACUUCACCAGGCUUAAAAUUCAACAUUUACAACAGUGGGAAAAUGCAACCUAGUGACCAUCCAGUCCUAGCAGUAUGCAGAAUGUGUCUCACUGUAACAAAAAGUACAAUUUUUAUUACACUUUGUUACUUUGCUCCUUACUGUUAUUCUUUUUUCAUGUUUAUUCUAUACCAGGUUCCACUGGAGGUCUGAGGCCUCUAGAAAAGGUUGUUUCUUCCCUCAAACUUGCUGGAUUUAUAAGCAUUUCUGAGGUGAGUUUGACAUUAUACAUUGUAUUGUUAAUUAGUAUAUACACACUCAGUGAUCUUGGUAUUUCAAGCAAUCUGAUUGGUUAGCUAUCUCAGACUAUGACGUUAUAUUCACCGCGCUAGGCGGUGAAUAUAAAGCCGAACAAAAUCGCUGUCGUGAACUGGGUGUUUUGCCAAAGUUUCAAAGUAAAACCUAUUUGAAAAUAUACGAAUAUCCAAGUGCUGAUGACUUUGAAGGCAAGAAAAGACUUCAUGGUGUUUAAACAGCAUGAUUUACUGUGAAGUGGUUUACUUUAGCUGACUUUUUGUACGCUCGAAGCUAUGUUUACCACUACAGAGGAAAACGAGGUCGCUUUUGUGAUUUCGGGAUUUUCUCGCAAGACCAAUUUUGCCCAUAAAUAGAAGUUAAUUUAUGGAGAAGGGAGGAAGGCAAAUAUUUUCGAAAAUUGUACGUGCCAGCAAGUUAACAAGGCAAAGAACUUUGGAGAUAAACGACGCUCACCUUGAUCGCAGCCACUGUUGACAGCAUUUGCAAGAAGCGACGAAGAAAACUUUCUCAUUCACGGUGAGUUGACAGAAACAAAUAAAGCUCUAGAUACUUUUCUUCUCAGAAUUGGGUAGUAACUUAAAUUUUCGGCAUUUUCUUUUAAACCGUUGAUGCUAAAGCUUACAAAACUCGAUGGAAAAGGAUUAAAACUAUCAUUUGCCAUGUUUGAAGAUACUGUAAAGAUCUAACUUUUGCGCAUCCACUGUUUACGGCUUCGUGUUCACGCAUGAAUUUUCACCCGUCAAUCAAACUAAUCGUUUUUUAAUGGUUUCCUUUCUGAUUCUGUUGAGAUCACCUCGUGUGAAUAUACUGAAACAAUUAUUCACCUCAGACUCAGUUAAUAUUGUUGAAUAAUCAUUAUUAUUCAACAAUAUUAACUUCAACUUCGGCGAAUAAUUGUUAAGUAUAGUAAUCAUAAAAUUAAAAAUAAACUCUACAUGUAUGUGAUUCCAAAACACUUCUUUUUGUUUUUUUUGCUGGUUUUCUUACUUCAAUCAACCAACCUCCUCAUGCUAUGAAAGUAAAAUGAGGAUUGAAGUAACAAUAAUAAUAAUAAUAAUAAUAAUAAUAAUAAUAAUAAUAAUAAUAAUAAUAACAAUAAUAAUAAUGACAAUAAUAAUAAAAAUAAUGAUAACAAUAAUAAUGGUAAUAAUGAUAAUAAUAACAAGGAACAUCUCACAUCCUAAGAACCUCAAGUCGAACCUCCAUGUGCGACUACCUCUUGUAAGUGACCACCUCCCAUAAUCGACGGGCUAUCCAAAACACCAAAACUUCCCCAGUCAAACCCUUCCAAUUGGAACCUCUCAUAAACUAACACCUCCUGUAAGCGACAGCAACCACUAUUUGGGGCUUACGGUUUGAUGAUUUUCCAUUGCUUUUAACCUCUUGUAAGUGACCAGUUGACGAUUUGUCUGAUCUCUCAUGUUCACUGUGUGUACUGUGCUUCUUAGAAUAUACAAAGAAUCAGCAUGGAACUACACAUGUUGUAACUUAGAAGUUGCCUGCAAUAAAUUACUUUCCAUAAAGUAGAUGUGUCCGUACAUCUUCUCAGAAGAGACCCCUGUGGUUCGAUUCUUAUAAGCGACCAUCUCCCAUAAGCGACCACUAAGUCACUUAUGGAAGGUUCGACUGUAGACUUCUACUUCUACUUCUACCUCAUUCUUCCUCUCUCUUUCCGUAGGCCCUAGGAAUGUGCUUGGUUAUUAUGUUGUAUUAUCAUGGUAUAAAGUUAAAGACAAAAAUAAUGAUAUUAAUACCUGAGCCCACUGCAGGGACAUGGACGACCCCACCCACAGAGUCUGGGGUGACACCUUUAACAAGUGUUAGUAAUGCCAAAGCCACCCCUUUUAGGGUCAACAUUCAGGCAGGUGGGGCUCAGGGGCCCUUGGUUGAGAGCCCUCAUAAGAGAAGGGGGCUCUAAAUGAGUAAUAAAUGAGAACCCCUCCGGUCCUUGGAUUAAAUAACAACUCUCAGAUUUAUGAGAUGACAAGUGAAAUUACAAAUGAAGUUAAUGCUUACUCUACCAAGGCAGGACUCUCGCGUGGCAGGAAUGAUGUGAUUGAUGUGAAGGAGCAGGCAUAAUCUGGUCGUUAUCCUUUUACUGCUCCAAUAUUUGGAAGGAAUGGAAGUCAACACAGAUUGAGAUGGAGUAUGCAGGAAAAUAGGGUAGCAUUAGAUACCAGAGAGAAGAGGAUACAGACGGAGGAUGAUGGAGUUGUGGAUUGAAAGAUGUACAACUGAAUAAAGGAUGGCAGACUAGGUACAGCGGCGAUACUGGAGAAUCAUUGGUUCACUGAUGAAGAACUUGAGGAAAUGAGAAUAUGUGAAAAUUUUAGCCCUAGUACUGAGAGGUACCAACCACAGACAAUAAUUUAGUGUAUUCAGGAGUGGUUGUCAUUACAGAGAGCUCAGAGGUUAAGCCUGCAAGACAGAGAAAUGUCAAGGAACCUUGGUGGAAAAGAAGAUUAGAGGGUCAGAUUAAGGAUCUUAGAAGAGAUUUGAACAGACUUCAACAGUUUAAAAGGGGAAUGUUCAGUGAAGAAGAAGGGAGUAAUGGAGAGUUUCCAGCACAAACACUACUUGCACAAGAAGGGUUUAGAGGUGGUAGUAGAAGAACUGAAACAGAGAAUAACAGCAAAGGCCAACAAGGUGAAAAGUUACUAUGGGAGAGUCACACAGUAAAGCAGAACCGACUGUCUGUCAACAACAGACAUCAGCCGGAUGGAGAUGUACAGGAGGAACAGGAGGCCAUCUGCCCACCCGCCUGAUGUCUGUCCGUCCGCACCAUAGGUUAACCAAUGUGAAAUUACCUUCUUUACUUUGUGUGGAGCCUGACAACUGUGUUUAACCACAGGCGGCCCAGAUGUAGUGUGUGUCAAUAGUUUUUUAGAAGACCGUGUAUUUUAUAUUUUUACAAUACCUAAUCCCUCCCAUAGCAAGUGCUUUUUCUUUUUUUUUACAAUGUUAGCUAAUUUUAAAUACAGCAAAGAGAAGAAGGUGUACUUCGUAGACUUCCUGUCAUCCGUCCAGAAAGUGUGAAUGCUUCCAUAGGAUAAGAUCAAUUCUGAAGUUGAAGUUGAAUGGAGACAAUGUUGUGGCAGCUAUUAAUGAAAGAGCUGUAUCAGUUUCCUGAGAUAUAGUGCAGGUAUCUUGGAGUGAAAGAAAGUGGAGGUGGAAGCUAUUGACAGAAAGACAAGAAAAUUCUUCACAAUCUAUGGUGUUCUAAGCCCUCGAGCACAUACAAGUAGAAUAUACUUGCUGAGGAAGGAAGGUGGACAUGGGUUGAUAAGUGCAGUGGAUUGUGUCACCAUGGAACAUUUGGGUUUGAAUCUAUUCAAUAUGUUUAGCAGAGUCAAGAAAUGCUGCUAAAAGCUACCUCCCACGCCUUGAUGCCUAACGCUGAAAGUAACCCUUGGCGGUAUAAGCACACGUGGCCCAAGUGUAACAUGAGAGUUUGUAUGGGAAAGUAAAGAGGUUGUAUGGGAAAUGAAACUUAGAUGAAAUAAAUGAACUAAAAGUGAUAAAAGUCAUCUAUAAAGUGCAGGGGUGAAGGGCAAGUGAAGUGGCCAGCAGUUUGGAUAGACUAACCGACUGUAUCAACAAAGGGCCGUUGGUCCCCUUCUCUAGGGGGGGGGGGGGUCAAAGCACGUUCCGCCCCAGAAAAUUUUGAAAUUUCAAAGCCCUAAAAAUGCGAUUUUCAGCGUUCUUGGGACUAAAUUUGAGAACAAAACGGCGUGUUUUUCAUUCAAGAAAAUGUAGCUAUUGAUUUACCAGUCACACAAUCAAUUCCCAUGAGCAAUGAACAAAUGAUGAAAACUAAAUUACGUACUUUUGUACAUAAACAAAUUCUGUGUAAACCUGUAAGAAACUUUUGAAAAAAUGACUGAAAUAUAGCAUUCGCUUGACUAAAGAAUAACGUAAAGCCAGUAAGCCUUUCGGAAAACAAAUCAUAAUUACGUUUUCAUUCAGAUUUUAUGAUAUAUUUUUUGUUUAAAACGUUAUUCAAACUAGUUGCUUCUUCUUUCUGUAAAAAAGUAGCCGACCUCUAUGACCAAAGAAGCCGACGUGUUUCAUCGUCCAUCGGUGCUUAUUGAAACCCCUGAAGUGUAAAUAUUGUUCCCUUGUCUUGUUUCCCUUGUUUUUAGAAGUUCCAGUACGAUUUGAGUACUUUUACAUCAUCUGACCUGACAGUACUCUUUAUUUUCCCAUACAAACUCUCAUAUUACGCUCGGGCCACCUAUGUUAUAAGCAACAAAGGAAUGAUGAGAGAAUGGGGGACUGGAAGGAAAAACCAUUGCAAGGUCAGUUUUUAAGGCAUGCAAAAGGUGUGAAAAGUAAUAUCUCUCGGAUGUGGUUGAAAAUGGGGGAAUUUAAGGAGACAGAAAGAUUGUUACAGAAGCCCGGGACCAGGCAUUGAGAACCUGAAUAAAGUAAAGUGGCCAAGAUCAGUGUUGGCUCAGAAAGAAUAUAACUUUAGGUAGACAUGAUGGUGUUGCAAAAGCCGUCUAUUGGUGCCUCUGCAGAAAGUACGGAUUGGAAACUGUUGCUGACAAAUGGUAUGAGCAAGUCCCUGGAAAAGUGCGAGGGUCUGAGAAAGGUAAAAUCCUUUGGGGUUUUAGCAUUCAGACCGAUCACCACCUUGAACACAAUGGAUCUGACCUGGUUGUAGUAGGCAAACAACAAGCAGUUUGCCAAAUUAUCAAAAUAGCUGUACCAGGAGAUGCUGGGGUGGGACUGAAAGAAAAAGUCAGAGACAAGAGUCCAAAGGCAAGAGAAUGGAGAAAACUUAAUUUGGAAGGUCAAACUAGAGUUGUGCUCAUUGUUGUCGGAGCAAUUGGGACAAUCUCAAAAGGAGUAGUUGGCCACCUUGAAAGCAUAGGGCUAUGUUGCUAUGUUUUAGGCCGAUAGUUUGCCUAUUUCAACCUCGUGAAAUGUUCCACCAUUUUGUAUUCACUGCCGUGAAAACAACUCAACCUUGUUCCCAGGUCUUCUCGCCUAACUGUUCAGUUUUCUGGCAAUUAUGAAGUCAUUUUUCACAUAUCACAAAAUUCUUCCAAAUUUGGUUGACAGGAGCUGGUUAUGAUGAAUUUUGCGGGGGAUUUUAGCCAGUCAGAGAUGGAGAAAUAUUUUGAAUGAAUGAUAAUAUUGUUUAUAUUUUAACUGAUCAUGUGAUCAACUAAUACAAAUGGCUUAUUAAUUUUGUACUCUUAGCCAAUACCGGGCUGUCUUGACCUAACAUAGUACAUGGAUGUGACACAUUUUGAAAGAUUUCUUAGAGUGGGUGCUUUGUAGAACAGACUUGAUCCAUACUGAGUUUAGAAAGUGACCAAACAUUUUACUGACAGUUUAGUUUCAAUGGCACAGUAUUGACCUAUCUUUAACUCUUUAUCCAUUGAAGUAAGACCUGAUUUGUUUUGACUUUUAUGUUUUUUUGGUGUGUUUCAAGGGCAAGCAAGUUAACUUAACUGUGGAUCAGACAAGUGAACUAGAGCAGCGCUUUGGAGAUGCAUUAACUGUCAUUGAGGUACUUAUAUAUUAAGUGAUGUUCUGUAUUGGGCGAUCCAAGCUUAAUGAUAAGGGUAGCACAAAAUGUUUUCACAAUAGUAUACCUCAUAAUAACAACAUGGUUCUACGCAUCCUGAAAACCAAGGCGCCCUGGAUAUCAAAUGAUUAUAACCAAUCUAUUGCAUAAUUUUGGUAACAUUUAUCAUGCCAAUGAUGCUAGUGUGAUAUUUCAGCGCAUGACUUUAACUUUGACUUUUUGGUAAGUCAAGCAACAUCGAUCGAAAGUAAUAAUAAGAAAAUGUUUACUUAACCUGUGAAGUACAUCGCACAAAUACAUAAGCUUAACUGAAACAACUUCCAUUUAUUGUUUUCAGAUAUAUUUGAUUCAGUUGUAUUUGAUAAAUGUUGCCUCACAGUUGAGUAAAGCCGAUUUGUGAUAUAUUUGAUUCAGUUGUAUUUGAUAAAGGUUCCCUCACAGUUAUAGGGGCCUCUUAUUAAGUAUGUAAUUGGACCUUUCUUUGAGUAAUGUUGCCUCACAGUUAUAGGGACGUCUUUUGUAAUCUAAUUUGAGGGGGCCACUUUUGGCACCAUUAUCGCCAGCCCUCUGGCGAUUUUUGCCAAAAUCGCCAAAAUCACUAGUCUCCAUGGGGCCACUUUGGGCAUCCAAUUCAAAUCUCCAGAGGCUGGCGAUUUUUCGCCAUUUUCGCCAUUGCAUGCAUUUCUGGAAGUAAGUGGUAAACCUGAUAAUUCUAGUGUUAAAAAUGUGAGUAGUUUCCACUAUUAAAUCUUUAUUAUGUAAAGAGAAACUGGAGACUUAAAAAUUAUUUCAGUUCACACUUUUUAUACAAUGAAGCUGUCUAGUAUAUCUUCCCCAUUGUUGCAUUUUCUACUGGACUUACUUUGUUUUUUUUUUCUUUAUACCAGGAGGUGAUUUUUUAGUCGUGCGAGAAUUAGAAUAUGUUAGCUUAAAUAUUCUAACUUACUCUAGGACGAUUUAAUAAAGCCAUAUUUGGUCAACUGCUCAAAAUGAAGUCAGCUAAAGCUACUGGUUGCGAUAGUAUUCCUGCUCGGUUACUAAAGGAUGCAGCCAAUGAAAUAUCUAGACCUAUUGCCUACCUCAUAAAUUCAACAAUUUCUACCUGUAUGAUACCAUCUGAAAGGAAAAGUGUGAAGGCAACGCCAAUUCACAAAUCUGGGGAUAAGAGCGACCCAACUGAUUAUCGUCUGAUUUCAGUUCUUUUAUUGAUUUCUAAAGCAAUGGAAUGUGUAAUUCAAUCACAGCUUGUGGGAUUUUUUUACAAAAAACAAUUCAUUGUCAGUACAUCAAUAAGGAUUCCAGAAGAAACAUUCUACCAAACUUGCCACUGUACACUUUGUUGAUCUCAUCUUAGAACAAAUGAAUAAACAUAGGAUCACAGGGUCCAUGUUUAUAGACUUAAAAAAAAGCGUUUGACCUCGGUGACCACCAGUGUCUGCUCUAUAAACUAGAACAUUAUGGAAUUAGAGGGAAAAGUCUGAAAUGGUUUGAAGACUAUCUUAAAUAUAACCAUGUCUUGUCGUUCAGUUUCGCCUUUGGUUAUGGGGUCCCCGAAGAUCCAUACUGAGCAUAUCUGGGCAAAAUCUGGGCAUGAUACUGUUUGUGAUAAACAUCAAUGAUCUCCCGCAAAGUGUGCUGAAGUCAUCAAUAGACAUAUAUGCCGAUGAUACUGUUAUUUAUUUCUCUGAUUCAAGUACAGAAAUCAUCAAGCAGGUUCUACAAAACGAUCUAAACAGUGUUGAACAAUGAUUUGCAGGCAAUAGGCUUGUACUCAACCUAAGUAAGACUAAAUGGAUGCUGUUCGGUACUAGGCAGAAACUAGAACAUUCAGACCAUAGAAUACAACUUCACGGGAAAGAAAUUGACAGAGUAUCAAGCUUUUGUUACUUAGAAGUUACAUUAGAUGAGAAUCUUUCAUGGAGCGAGCAUGUAGACUUGAUUUGUAACAAAGUGAGCUAUCAUCUUGGCCUGCUGUCCCUGCAUAUGACCUUACUUUACCCUAAAAGCUGUUAAAUGCGUGUAUAACUGUUUUCUAAAGCCGAUUUUUGAUUACACUGAUACAGUAUGGGGUAGGCUGUUAAUCAGGUGUAGUAACGGCUUACAACAUCUACAAAAUAAAUCAGCGAACAUAAUACUAAGGAGAGCAAGAACCGAAGAAUCAUUCAAAAUGUUAGGGUGUGUUACGCCGCAAAAUGUAAUAAUCGCCGCAAAAUGUAAUAUUAACGCAAAAUGUAAUAAGAAUCGCCGCAAAAUGUAAUAACAUUGACGCAAAAUGUAAUAAAAUUUUCAACGCAAAAUGUAAUAAUCUUUCAACGUAAAUUGUAAUAACUUUUCUAACGCAUAAUGUAAUAACGCAAAAUGCAAUAAUUUCCGAAAUAACAACGUGCGUGCUAUUUCAAAAUCGGUAUUGUGGCUCAGUAAUCAGUAGCUGAUGCAGAUCUUCAUGUGAAUUAUUUUUAUUAUUAUUAUUAUUAUUAUUAUCAAUAUUGAUAUUAAUAAUAGUAAUAAUAUUUAUUUUCUUCUUAUUAUUAUUAUUAUUAUUAUUAUUAUUAUUAUUACUAUUAAUGAAAUAACGGUUGAAACGUCGUGUUACUUCCGUGCUGAGCUAGUCUCUCUCGAUCGCAGCCGUGUUUUGUCUCGUCACGCAACACUCUUCCCCAACAAAGGAGGAGGAGCAUUGCGUGACGAGACAAAAAUGGCUGCAAGAGCUUGCUGUACUGUACCACAACUGUAGCAACUGAGAGACUUUGUUUAAUUUCAGGUGUUGAAUUUAAUUCAGUCAAAUAAAAUAGCUGUUGUCGAAAACAAGUAAUAGAAUCAACUUUCAAAGCGUAAUUCAAAUGCAUUUAAAAUAUAAGAUAUCUGUCACACUUUUUUUCAUGAGAACCAGACAACUUUGGCUGUAGCUUACUUUUCCUAAGCUCUCAUUUAAUAGAGGCUGAAUUGUUCUUAAUGCUGUUUUUUAGGUCCAAGUUUCUUUUAUGUUGAAGUUUCCAAGCUUUGCAAAGUCAAAUCAGUUUGCCUUGUAAGGCAGUUGUCGUUUGCCUAGAACAGAUAGCGCAAAAAUUUUUUAGUUAGCCCAGUAACGCAUUUUUGAUUGGAGUAGAGCUAAGCUGAUGCACAAAAAUAUUGAAUUUGCCUGGCAAGGCAGUUGUGAUUAGAAGACAGGCCAUCCUCUUUUUUUUCUCCGUUUAGCGUCGUCCGACCGACCCAAAUUUUUGGCAUUUUCAAAAAAAAAGUAACGACGUAGUUAAACCAUUUUUCACUUGAAAUAAUUCUUUUAAUCUGAAAAAUGAGCAUAGUAACAGCAUAGAGAAAAACAGGAACAAAGACAUAAACAUUUUUUUACAGUAUAUUGUGUAUUUUGUUAAUCCAAAUAUGUGAAUGUUAACUUUUAACGUCGUCCUGGGGUACCAGGGCCUCCUAUUCCGAGACUUCUUGUGAUUUUGUUUUUUAGGUUUUUUUUUUCAAUCCGACCGACCGACCGACGUAUUCGAUGCUAAACGAAACCUUGAAUUUGCUCAGCAACGCAAUCGCCAUUGGCUUAGAGUUGACGGCGCCAAAUCUUGAACUGGGAGAUCCAUAAAAAGUGCGCAAUUUCGUCUUUUUAGGGCCGACCAUUUUUGACCACUUGAGGGGGGAGGGUGUAAGGGUAAUUUAGUUUGGGUUAGAAUUUUUGGAUAAUUAAGGGAAACUGUCCACAUACCCCUCCCCUAAGCCAACAUUAACACUUAUUUCUCACUUAAGGCGAAAUGUUGGCUUAGGACGGCUAGGUGGGCACUGUAUUGGGACCUGUAUUACGUUCAAAUCAGCGGAAACAAACGUCCCAUUCGGUUCCCUAAAGAUGAUUACAUCUCCUCAUUUCAACUGUUUCAUUGUAAUAUUAGCAAUAAUAAUAAUAAUAAUAAUAAUAAUUAAUAGUAAUAGUAAUAUUAAUAUUACUAAUAAUGUUAAUAUUAAUAUUAAUAUCAAUAAUAAUAAUAGCUUAUAAUUUAAUUGAAGAUCUGAAUUCGCUACUACCGAUGACUAAGCAACAAUACCGAUUUUGAAAUAGCAUGCACGUCGUAAUUCGGAAAUUAUUACAUUUUGCGUUAUUACAUUAUUAUGCGUUAGAAAAGUUAUUACAAUUUGCGUUGAAAGAUUAUUACAUUCUGCGUUGAAAAUUUUAUUACUUUUUGCGUCAAUGUUGUUACAUUUUGCGUUAGUAUUACAUUUUGCGACGAUUCUUAUUACAUUUUGCGACGAUUAUUACAUUUUGCGGCGUAACAGGGUGGGUGAAUUUGGAAACACAAAGGAAAGCUCACAAAUGUAGUUUGCUUUUUAAAUGUCUAAGUGAAUUAGUUCCUCCAUAUUUAUCAGAUUAUUUUAUUAGAAACCGCCCUAUUCACACUUACAAGACAAGCCAAAGGAACAACAUUCAUCUACCAAACCCUGAGUGAACGUUAGGAAAAAAAACACGUUUAGGUAUUCAGAUGCGGUUCUUUUAAGGUGACUCGACUGGAUUUUUUGGUGGGGAUACCUCCCAAGUUUGAGCAUUAACUACGUCGCCACGAGUAAAGAUAUGGAAAAAAGAUUACCACAACUGUAUUAUGUAAAGAUGAAAAUUUCUUACGAUCUGGUUUUUAUUGCAAUCGGAGUCGCCAUGGCAACGUAACGACGCCAUUACGUUUUUUAUUUAUCUUCGUGUUUCUCUGUACCAAGAGUUUUUUUAAGAAAUCGCUUAAUGGAGUUUGUACCUGCCAUAAUUGCCUCAAUUAUGGCAAAGUUUGAACAAAUUCUAUGAGAGCGUUUUCGAGAUAUUUUGAAACGAAGUUUUAAGCAUCAUAAAAAGAGUGAAAUAGCAUGCUAUCCACACAAUUAGCUAAAUUUUUAAGAAAAUGAUAAGCUUUGGAAACGCGGCUUCAUCUCAUAGUGGUUUGAUUCCAUUGAAAACUGCGUACAAAAAAAGAGGAGAAUUGCUCCGGGCGAUCGCGAGUAAGAAGAAUCUUAGUAACUUGCAUUCAGCUGCUUUUGUUACAGUUUUUGCAUGUAAUUUGGUCCAUGCCUACAAUUUUCGCAUUUUUCCAAAAACCGCUCGAUAAAUUUUUUUAUAAACUUUGCAAUCCCGAGAUCAAUCGUCUAUAAAUAUACCCUGCAAGUUUUAAGAAUAUUGAAAACAGAGAAGGCUUUCAAGUAGGGCCUCAAAUAUAACCAAUUUUACCCCCAGAUUUUGUGUUUACAAGUGAGCGUCCUCAUUAUUCACUGGCAUUGUUUCCACGUUUCAUAUGGGAGGUAUCCCCUCAAAAAAAUCCAGUCGAGCCACCUUAAAUAAUCUUCCUGCAUGAAUGAAAAAAGUUACAUCGGUUUCCAUUGUUAAGAACUUUGUUAGACUUCAUUUCAGCCUUUUUUUUCCUCAUUGAUACAUGUACACCUUUGUACCUUAUGGCAGCCCCACUAUUUGUCUUUAUCUUAAAGAUGUGAUUUUUAUGAAGAUAUGUAAUUUCCAUUUUAUUCACUUUUUAAAAAUCCUUUUACAUAAUUUUAAGUAAUUUUUUGUUUUUAAAUUUUUAUCAUGUAGUCAUUGUUUAUGCAGGGCCCCUCUUGAUACCAGCCAGUGGCUGAUAAUACUACCCUGCCUAAUUAAUGUUGACUUGACUUGAGCAAUAAAUCCUGAUGACUUGACUUGAGCAAUAAAUCCUGCUUUGGUGAGCCAAUCAAAAAGCAGGAAAUUGCGGACUCACCAAAGCAGUGUAGUGUUAAAGUAUUGUAUUAUAUUAUAUAUUCAUUUAGUUGUUACAGUUGGUAAAAGCGUUAAUGUAAUUUUUGUGGCUUUACUUUCACCUUUUAAACUGGUUCUCAAAAUUUGAAAAUAAAAAUAAUUCUUUUUAAUUCUCUGUUGCACAUGUUGUUGUUUGUGAGCCUCUGCAGCCGCCUGUUCUGAAGUGUUUAGUGAUUUGCUAUUUGUUUUCUAAAGCCUCAUUUACACAUUAGACUGUUUUUAGUCCUACGAACUGCUUGUUACUAAAAACAACAAUAUUUAAUUUUUAUUGCAGCUAGUUGCAUUUAAACCAAACUUUGAAGUGGGAUCGAGCUCGCAACUGUCACUUUCAAUCCCUGUCAAAUCAGGUUGGUAUAUAUUUGUAGAUAAAUGACUGCCAAUGAUGAUCCUAUAAUGGAAUGCCCAGGGUCUUGCACUGGAGGGCUAACCCCGUGAGUGUUUACUGCUAGAACGCCAGGUACCUGCUCACUGAAACAGUACUCGAUCACCAGGGCGACAGACAAAACUUAACGAAGCCAGUAAGCAUUUGUUGAAAUUUCUGCUGCUAACCCAGCUGACACUGUUACAUUGCUCUUUCUUCAAAUUUCCCUAGUGACAGACUGUAUUUCGGCAAGAUUGUAAACGUCCUUGUCAUGAUAUAUUAUUUUAAUUUAUUCAGUGAAAGUGAAAAGGGUAUUUCAGGGCUGCCAUUAAGAGGCGGGGCCGGGGAUUUCCCCCGGCUACUAUGGGCGUGAUCCCCGGCUACUUUCAUAGGAAAAUAGACGAAAAAUAGAACCAGACGAAAUUCCUAGCUGUUUGAUUCCCGGCCUACUUGUUGUAUUUACCCUGCAACUUGAAAUCUUAGUGACAACCCUGGUAUUUAAUAUUUCAUAUCGACUAUAUAUUUUGUACAAUAUAAUUACUCCACAGCCAAACCUAAGUUUAAAGAUGAAAAUGUUGCUAAAAUUUGGACUUUGUCAGCUCAGGACAUUGAUGACGAAGAAACUGUAAGUACAUUUUAGCACUGUAUGCUAAUACAUUAAGGUGGCCAAAUACAGUUUUGCGGGUGGUCAGCAGUAACUCGCGUGACGGUGCGUGUUCUAAAUUAGACAAACAAACAUGGCGGCGAAAAAAGCAAUGCUACACAGAAGACGAUUUCUCAAAAUCUACUCAUUAAAAAUUUUGUGAUAUUUGGCAGAAUUUUUACUUCUAUCGUAUUUUAAAUAACGAGAACUUUAAAAUGGAGGUUGAACAGACGAAUUUUGUGACACAUAAUAAUUACAGUACAAUUAUAUUAUUGAUUAUGUAAAAACCCGUCUAUUAAGAUUUGAUCAAAUAAGUUUCAAAUGGUAAUGAUUAAUUAUAGUAAGCUGUGUGCAAGUUCAUGGGAAAAUCUAAUGAGUAAAUUUUAUUUAAACUGAGCAAAAGUGAAAUUUUAAGGUUGCCAUGGAAACUACGAAAACGUCACAUUUUACCUGUCAAUCAAAAUCUUUCAUCAGUAUAUUUUUCACUUGCCAAAUUUCAGCUUGUGAGCUGCAACCUUUCUCGCGCCAUAAUUUGGCAAAUGACAUUUACUUGAUAACUGACAAAACUGUGUUCAGCCAUCUUAAUAAUUGAUAUGUAACCACAACAACAACAACAUUGCCAUUGGCUAAUUGUUUAGAAAGGCAAAUCUCAUGAAUAUCAUACAUAGGGUAUUGACAUGACUUGCGGAAUUGCAUGAAGAACAUUAACACGGAAAUGCGUAAUAACUAUGAAAUUGAGCAUUUGCAUAUUUGUUUUAUUUUGAGCAACAGCUCGAGUGCUUGAACCUGUUAUGUAAGGUUGAGAACAAGGCACAAUUCUUCUGCAUCCGCUCCGGCAUUCUGCCGUUUUCUGGCACUUACUGUCAAACUUUUUAUUUCCAUUUUGUCAGUAUCUAUGUUUAAUGUGAUUUUUCGGUGCACUUACUUUUGUAGGAUAUUGUUGACUCAGACACUCUCCUCGAUGACAAAGACUUGCAAAAACCUGACCCUGCAUCACUUAAAAGUAUGUUGUCUCUCUGUUUUUUGCUGUAGGACACAUCGCAAUCAAACAAAACUCUUUGUAGAGCUGACCUUUUCAAAUGUAACUAUUUUGCAGUGGUACAAGGGUAGAGGACAUAUCAAGCAUCUAAAAGGGAAUUCCAGGGGCAUCCAUUUUAAAAUUCUUAAAUUACAACUUUUAAAAGUAAUUUCAUGAUCAACAGUCCAUUUCGCAGUUCUGUUACAGUGUGAAGUUUAUGCAGCAACAUAUCAUUUUUUUUGGAAAUCUACUUUUACUCUUACAAUGUCUAGACAUGCAUGUCUUGUCCAAACCUAUCAUUUUAGUUACAAAGCUACAAACCAGGCUAAUGUAAAUACACGGCUAUUUUAAUGCUUGCUCCUUCUUUAAGUUAUCUAUAAGCUUAUUACGCCCGGGAACAAAGUAGAAGCCGGUUUGUACGUAUUUCAGCUCUCCAAGAUGACUUGCCAGUGCCGGAUCUAGACCUUGAGAUAAGGGGGAGCCCGGUCAUCCAGACCCUGAGAUAAGGGGGUGGCCCGGUCUCCACAACAUUUUUUCGGCCCUGCGGGCCUCAGUUUACUCUAAAAAUAACGGGGGGGGGGGUCCGCUGGAUCCGCCACUGCGUGCCCUCUUACAGUGCGUCUUUUAUUGAUAAAGUACUGCUGGUCGUUUUUUAAACGUUACUUGAUGACACCCGUCCAUUAGUUGUAGUAAAUUUUUGUCGUUAUUAUAUUAACGAUUUUAUAAGUGAUGAUAGCACUGAGCAGUCAGAGCAGUAGGCCCGAUUAGCGUUUGCUUAUGUCUAACGACUAGACAAUACGAAAGGUGAUUUGAUAUAUGUAUAUGUACAUGUUUUAGGUGAUUGUGGGACAAACAAAGCAGGCAAGAAAAAGGCCUGCAAGAAUUGGUGAGAAAGCACAAUAAUUCCUAUAUAGGUUCUGCUUGUUCAUUGACCUUGUUUAGCUAAGGUUGUAACUUAGUGUAACCAUAUUCUCAUUUUUUUGCUUUGAAAUCUUAAUUCGUACCGUCAUGACAAAUUGUUCUAAUGUAUAAUUUUCUGAUAGUACUUGUGGUUUAGCAGAAGAAAUUGAUCAAGAAAAAGCUUCGGCUAAGACGACUGUCACAUCAUCCUGUGGAAGUGUGAGUAUAGUGUGGUAUAAUAUAUUAAACAAGGGUGUUUAAUCAGUUAUCCAGUCAACGUGAAUCCAAAAACGAAAUCAUGCAUGCCAGGUUAAUUUUUCCAAGGGACGCAAAAGUGGUAAGGGGUCUGGGCACCAAACCCUCUUCAGAGUGUUAAAUGUCAGACGUUGCAGGUUCAAUCGCCAGCUAGAGUAAUAUUCUUUAAAAACAGAUAUGAAACAAUGCACUGUCUUUGUACACAUAGCUCUAAUAACGGUGUAAAAACUAAGCUCUCUCCAGUGAAUAACGUCAAAAAAAAAUUUCCAGAUUUCUCAAUUAGCAUUUCAUGAGCUGGCAGAAACACUCACCAGACAGUUUUGAUUGUUUUCUGUUCAUGAUAUUAAUUUGCAAAUAAUGAAUCUUUACAUCAGGUCUCUUGAGAAAUUAUAUAUCAUAAACAGCAAAUAACAAUAGACAUGACUGAAAAAAUAACCAGGCACGACAGGCAGCAGACCUGACUUGAAAUCAAAUGUACAAACCCCCAGGCAGAACUCUUGUCCAAGAUGUCGUUUAAGAAAUAGACUUCAUUUUCCCGUGUGCUUGUCCUGUGGUAGAUCAAACUUAUAUUGAGGCCUUAACUCCAUUCCGAAGACAGUUUUACUGCCAAGCUAAGGUAACCGUGGAUACCUGGAAUAUCUUUGGAAUACGUCCUGUAUAAAUGUGAUCACUAUUGGCAGGCUUUACCUUCUUAAAUACGUUAUAAUUAGGAAACCACUCAUUUCUCUCCAGUAUGUUAUUUGUAAUAGACUUGUAGCACGAUUGUGUAUUUGUUACAGUGCUACUUGGGAGACGCAUUUAGAUGUGCAAGCUGUCCUUACCUGGGAAUGCCAGCUUUCAAGCCAGGAGAAAAAGUUGCACUUACAAGUAGACAGUUGAAAGGAGAUUUGUAG